AUGGCUAACUGUUACCAGGCCGUCUUCAAAUACUACUUCAUGUGGCAGUAUGCAAAGGCAUCAUGGAAAGAGAUGAGCAUGUGGAUGCGUCUUCCAUGGCACCCAAAUAUCGUUUCCUUCGAUCGAGUCGUCAUCGAUGAGCUCAACGGUAGCGUCGUUGGAUUCAACAGCAUCCACGUUCCAGGAGGUAAUGUGGAAGACAACAAGUCGCAUGUUUUCAAGAUGAAAUGGCUGCAUCAGCUUAUCAAGGUUGUGGACGAGCUGAACCUCAUAUACGGCAUCUCACACCAAGACAUUGCUCCACGAAAUCUCUUGGUCAACGAAGUGACAGACUCAAUUAUGCUUUUUGACUUUAAUUUUGCAGCCCGCAUCAACCAUCCACCUGAAGAAGGAGAGGCGUAUGACGAGACCAGGAAUGAUAUCAAGGGAGUGAUAUUUACUGCCUUUGAGAUUAUUACUCAGGAUGACAGGAUCCGGAGCAUGCCUCACGAAGAUCAAAACAUCGAUGACCUGGGGUUAGAAUGGGUAAAGCACCCGGAUGUGACGCUGGACCAUCCAGUUGAGUCAUAUCAGAUUUUGUUGCAAGAAUGGAAAAAGCGAAGGGCAGAACAUGUUUAUCGGGCCAAAGAUGCAAGAUCCAUUGACUGGCCGUCAAUGUCGAAGCCACCGCAGAAGUCAUAUCGCGCGACAACUGUGAAUAGGGAGUCACUUGAUACGAUGGUGGAUAACUUCUACGAGAGACGACAGUCUAUAUGGGCUAGAGGUGAACGAGGUUCAAUUCUGCUUGCGUCUGUGUACUUGCAUCUCAGAAGCCAACAAGUGGACUCUGACAGGGCAUGGGUCGCCAUGUAUAGCCAGUCGCAACGUAAGGUCUCGGCGGCUGAGUGA